UUACUUACAUAUUUUAUAACCCACACGAUGAGUGUCAACAAAUCCAGGCGGAGCACUCGAAGGACCCGAAGAUCCCUGACUUCCGGUAUCGAUCUCCUGGGCCCCUAUAUCUACUGCGUUAACUUUUACGACAAAGGAUUGAAGGCGGUGCGGGAUGAGUUUGUAAAGCGGGUAACUAGCGGCAGUCGUCGGGCGGUAUUCGUCGUUGAUUUGGAUAAGGAAAUUGCGGAGGCCAACUUUCAGUUUCAGCGAAUGUCGAAGGUUAAGAAAAUUGAUUAUUUGGAUUCGAAGUCAUUGGAUCCAGUAAACAUUGCGCUACAAUGCAUUCAAAACUGUGUCGACGAGUUUGACCAAAUAACCAAGAAAAUCGAGUCCGAGGCGAAUUUCGAUCUGCACGCCUACUGGCAACGUAAUAUCCCAGCUCAGCUCAAGAACCUGAUGCCCAAGAAAAAAGGUGCCCCGGAGACCAAGCGAGGUGGGGAUACGGCCAGGCCCAAAACGGGCAAGGGGUCCAGUGACAAGGUGCGUCUGGAAAAGAUCAAAUGCUCCUCCGUCACAGCCAAGGAGCACCACAAAGUUGGCAAGGGAGUGCCGGCGUCCAAGCGAGAGUACAUCAGAGACAAUCCGCUCUUCACGAAAAUGCUCAUCCUUAUCGUGGGUCAAAUGGACAACGAGUUCUACAAGAGUCUGCUGGCCUACGAUCAACCGCUGCGGGCGAUCAUCCACUUUAUGCCCGAGGAGAGUGCCUACGAUCUGCUGGUGCCUCGUCCUCGUCGGGAACAAGAGCUCCAGGAGGCACUGGCCGUCAUCCAGAGGGACAUUCACUCGCUGCGCAAGAGGACGCCCUCGAAACCGGUGGGCAUCUUCCAGCACCAGCUGCCCCAGAUGUCCGCCUGCAUGGCGUCCAAGUUCACGGACGACGUCUUCGACCAGCUGAGCUGGUACAUGUACGAUGUGGAAACGCUGCGCGAGUGGUACCGCAUGUUCUACGUGGAGCCGUACAGGGAGACGAAUGUGAAGAUGGAUCCCUCGCUGUCGCUGCAGGAAUCCUUUCACAUCGUCGAGUCGCUGAGCAUCCAGGGGCAUUACAUCAAGACCCAGGUGCCGGCUUCGCGGGACGAUGAUGCCACCGUCUACCUGUACAUGGAGUCGCUGAUGACCACGUUUGGCAAUCCCAGGGAACUGAUGACCGAAACGGAGGUCCUCCUCCUGGCCAACCCGACGCCAUCGGUUCAAACGCGAGUGCUGGAUAAGGUCAAAGUGUAUGCGAACUCCUUCAAGAGCAUCGUGAAGCUGUACAAAAACGAUCGCAUUUUUGUAGAGCAGGCCAAUGGGUUGCUGUCCAACCUGAUGUCCUAUAUGGAUCAGUCCCUGAUGAGGAACGUCUACCACGGCUGUCUGGAGUACAACCUGUUGCGGCGAUACUUCACUUCCGGCUAUAUAAACAGCUCACUGGCCUGCCAGCCGUACAAUGGCGAACUGGAACCCAUCUAUCUGCCCAAGUUUGCCGAGCUCUAUCUCACGGAUGACUCGGUCAUGCAACGCAUUAUCCAGCUGGUCAAGGACUACGAUGACUUCAGCGUGGAGGAGGUGCAGCCGAAUGUCCAUCUCUACAGUUUCCGGAGGUCCCUGAACGAGGUCUUCGAGCAGGAGAAUCAAACUGUCAUUCCUACAAGGCUGUGCUUCAGGGACUUUACCCUGUACGAAAUGGAAGCCUUUCUCAACGACUUGGUCACCCCGCAAAAAUUCAGCGAGAUCACCGACAGUUAUAUGUCACGCGACACUCAGAGCACCGAUGUGAUCUUGGGUCAGGAUCCCUUGAUGGUCAAGUGCAACGAGGACAACGAUCGUGUUCCCAUCGAUCCAAAGGUCUUUGUUCGACCGAAAUCGAUAAAGGCCCAGUUGGCAAAUAAGAGGGAAAAGAAGGAACUGGACGAUGGAACGCGUUCUGUUAGCCGCAAGAACUCUCUAAUUCCGGAAACUCUGAUGUCGGCCAGAUUCACGAGACAAUCUAGAAAGUCUGCAGCUCCACCAUCACGCGCAACUUCCACAGUUCUGCCGAGGGAAACUGCAAUCUCGAAGCAGGAAUCCCAUUUGUUUGUGGGUCUCGGUCGAAAUAAUCCCCUGCUGGAUGGCUACAAUCUGGAUGACACUAGGCAAACAAUCAAGUCGAAGACCUCGAAGUAUUUCUUCGAAGAGGGAAGGAUGAUGUUGUAUGAGGAGAGGUGGAAUUUUCGUCAGAUGAACAAGUGCCUGGCCCUCGAGAUCGGUGGGCAGGAAGUCCAUUUCCGGAGUGCCGAGGAACCCUUGGGAGCUGCUGCCACGGAUUCCAGUGUGCGGAUCGUGUCGAGGAACGGAAUCAGUUUGCGGGUGAUGCCCAGGAAGAUGGAGUGCGCCAAGGCGGUGCUGAAUUUCCCCAAUGGACUGAGCACCUACUGCCACGACACCCACACGGAGCACCUGUGGCAAUAUCAGGAUAACGAGCUGGACGAAAGUCGGCGUGUCUGCACUCCCUAUGGCUGUGUGAUUGUGUUCUACCAAAGCACCGACACCAUUUUGAUUAUGCGAUAUAACGGAGAGGUUUACCAGCUGUACAGCUUUACGGAGGCCGAUAACGAGGAGGAAGAGGACCUGAACUCGGAAUUUAUCCAUGCCUGCUCCACGCAGUCCGCCUACUCCAGCUACCAGCCAAUUCGAGAUCCCAAGAAGAAGGAGAGAAGCCGGCAGUGUUCGACCCAAAAGAAUUCGAUAGCCCGCAGUGAGGGAGGAGGAGGCGGAGGAUUGGACUCCGUCCUGCGGCCCUCGACCCAAAGCGUCGGCUCCAAGAUAACCCAGAAAAGCCUGGCCUCCAUGGCCUCGUCCUUGGGCAAGCGGAAGAGCCAGCUGCUCAGGGAGCAGCAGGCGGCCGCUCUAUUCGAAAGCAUCAAGUUCGAGCUAACCUACCUGAAUUUCAUCAUGUCUCUCUACAAGCUGAGCUAUCGUCACCUCAAGUUGACCACCUCGCUGGGCAGUGUGGUCCAUGUGCAGAGAGAUGGAAAAAUAUGGUGCGGCAAACCCAUUCGAAACACCGAAUGGCAUGACUAUUUCGCCAACGAGGCCUAUUCGAUGCGAGACGAUGGUGUCAAGAUGAUCUGGACGAGGAAAGAGUUGAAGUGCUACCAUAACGACGGAACCGUCAUCACUUCCGGAACCAUCGAGGGCUGGGAUCCCGGCACGGAGGUCGAUGAAUUCGACAUUGAAAUCAGUACGAGCAGCUCCCAUGACAAUGCUGAAAUAAGCGAAACAAUCCGAAAGGAGACUAUUUUCAUCAAUACCCCAGAUGGUUUACCUUUUAAAGACGUCAGCCAGGACGUUUCCAUAAGUGGGGAAUCGCUAAGUGCCAGUUUGAGGAGUAAAGGUUUAUCUCUCAAGAGCGAUAUCAUGCCGGAGGAGGAGGAGGGCGAGGUGUACUUUGAGAAAAGUUACAUAACAUUCAUGCCAAACAGUUUCGCCAUAAAUCACAAGGUCUACGCCGGCAUUCACUUCCUGUUUACCCACAUCACAGAGGUGGAUCUAGAUCUGCACACCUCGAUCUCCACCUGCGACAAUCUGAAUGUUCGGGUAUUCAAAGAUCAUAUAUCAAGUGAAAUGCAGCACUCGGAACCGCCCAUGGAGACUCCUUCCUCGGAGGCCGAUUCAGAUGAGUGGACAAAAACUAGAAUUCGGAAGAAAUCUCGAUAUUCUGAAACGGAUGAUGCUUCUUAUGACGAAAUAGCUUCGCCUGCCAGCGAAGAGGAACAAAUUCCGGAGGAAUUUAAAUUGAUCGAAACCACGUGUGUGCAGGUCGAAUGUAACAACCUGGUUUUAGCUUUAUUUGAAGAUCGCGUCACUAUACAAACCCAUCUGCGUAAGUUUGGAUGCGACGAAAACGCAAGGUGCGACUUGCAAGUGCGCGACGAUAUAGAAUUAAGGGUUAACUUUGCCGAAAGUCUGUCAACAACUUUUAGGAACUGGGUAGACGAACUAACCAGUUUUAUCAAUUGCUUCUGUCCAAAGCGGCGCACCCUGUAUUUCCUGGAAACCCAAAACACAUCGUGUCAAAAGAAAGGAUUUGAGUUGCUGAAAUCGGUUCCGCCUCUGGGAAAAUAUAACUUUUGUGCUGGCAACUUCUUUAUCGAUGUGAACGAGCUGACUUCGUUAGAUUCGCAAAUGAAAAACGAGUACGAAUGGUUUGAAAAGGAUGUGCAAAAGUUUCCCCGCUUUCAAGAUGUCAAAAAACCGCCACCGCCAGACGAAUUUCCCAUGGUUUUAAACUCAAGAAUAUAUGUGCAAAUACCAGCGGAACUAGCCAAUACGGAUCGAAUACACCAGUUCGUUUCUGAGUUUGACACGAUCAAGUUUAGGAAGCAACGAUUUCGAUUUAAUGAGUCUAUUCUGUUUCAUCUGCAUCCGCGUCUUCGCCUUCUGGUUCAACAGGAGAUUAGCAAGCGCAGUUGGAAGAGUCAUCAUGCCGAGCAUCGUCGCCGGAUGUUCAUAGAACAACAGCGCCUUAGUUUAUAUAUGGCCAUGCUGAAGCACAAGGUGUACCCCAACUACUUCCAGUUCAAGGACGAGUUCAACUCCCAUGUUCGGAACAUCGAGUUCUUCCAGUUCAUGACAUCCAAAUGCAACGAGAAGGUCCAUCCCGAGGAGAUUAUCAUCGAUCCCGCCGAGGAGCCAAGCCCACCAUACGCAAGCAAAGCUAAAUUAAAGAAGAACAAGUGUGUCUGUCCCAAGUAUCUUAAAUCCAUAGAUUAG